CUUGGGCAAAGGAUGGUUUAACCAUCCUUCCCCGACCUGGUGGCUUUCAGAUAUUUUAGGCUGCAGUUCCCACAAUUCCCAUACACUAAGGAUGGAGCUUAUGCUAGGUUACAUGAUGUUAAUUUCUACCAAUAUUCACUACCAGUUUGAUGCUCCAACAUGUUCACUGUAUUGUUAGAGUUGUCUCAGAGGCCUCUCAGGAGCAUGCAAGGCCUGAGGCCCAUCUUUGAGGUUGGAAGGAAAUUAUCCAUCUCUAUGUGGGAACUCGGACAGGGGAGAGAACAUACUCAAAAUUGGUGAAAGGGUUUGUAUGGGGUUCAAAGCAGAGCCAAAAUUGAAAUAAUACCCCUAAACCCGAAUAGAUGGCUCUUCAGCUGCAUCCCCAUGCUUUAAAUAUCUCUCCAGUGGACACUAAGAAAUUGUGUCUGAAUGGAACACCCUGGAUUUGGCAUCUUCUUGAAGAAUGUGUCAGGAACACAUGGGAGUACUGGAGUAUUGUCAUGGGACUGAUCUCCAUUGCCUGCUUUCUGUCUGCUGCACUGCCUCAACUCUAUGUUGCCUACCAGAAUGGAAAAGUGGAUCAAGCACUCUCUUUGGGUUUUCUGCUGUGCUGGCUUGCAGGAGACCUCACCAGUUUUAUCGGGUGCUAUUUGUCAAAUCAACUUCCAAUACAGACUGUAACUGCAGUUUUUUACAUUAACAUGGACAUAAUUAUGAUAUCUCAGUUUGUCUACUAUAAGUUAAAAAAUCAGAAGAUAACAAAAUGUGGAAUGAAUAUGAAGAAUUCUUGUAUAGCCUGGGUCAUGAUGUGCAUCCUACUGUGUUUAAUUUUACCUAGUCAGCUAUUGCUGCGAAAUAAAGUCCAGAAUACUCUUUUGGGAUCCAGUGAGAAGUCUCACGGCAUGGUUGAAAUAUCAGGCUUUAUUUGUGGCUAUAUAUCAUGUGUGUUUUACUUGGGAUCUAGAAUUCCUCAGCUCUAUAAAAAUUUCCAAAGAAGAUCUACAGGUGGGACAUCUUAUCUUUUGUUUGCGUUAGCCAUGAUGGGAAACAGCACCUAUGGCCUAAGUCUUGUCUUAAAGAUGCCUCCAACACAAUACCUUAUAAGUCUUUAUUUCUGGCAUCAUCUCCCUUGGUUUAUUGGGAGCUUUGGAGUAUUGUUAAUAGAUAUUUUUAUAACCGCACAGUUUAUUAUAUAUAGAAAACAAAAGAAGAGGAGACUUGGUUCUGUGGCUUUGGAGGUGGAACCCUUGCUUAUAAAUGAAGAUUCUUAACAUGUACAUUUCUGCAGUGUCACAUUCCUGUAGAGUAACUUGGAUCUGUACUUAUGUAUCUUGUUGAUUCCAGUAGAUCAGUUCUGGAUCCAUGCCAGUAUAUUCAUUCUGAAGUCUUAAAGGGUUUUUAUAUAAGCAGAGAAUGGUGCUAAUGAGGGUCUUAAGAUAUUGCCAGACUAUUAUGAUUAGUCUUAAAGCUGAUUUAUGAUUAGUCUUAAAUAACUGCAAAAAGAAAUGAAGCCAAAACUAAAAGUUUCAGGAUUAGCUUCAUUGGCUGGAUUUUAAGAAUUGUAAUUCGUAGAUAUUGUCCAGUGUAGAAGAAAGAUAUAUGCCAAUUUUUGGAACAUUGGAUACCAGUUAUUGUUAUUUACUUCUUUUUUGCUUGGUGUUAAUUGUUAAAUAAAUUUAUAGUUGGACAUAUAGUUCUUCGUGACAAUUUAUACAAUAUAAUGCCUAUAGCUAUGAUAACCAUGGCAUAUGUAGUAACUUACUAUUUUGCUAAAACCCUUCCAAUACUAUUUUUUUUUCUUGUUUUACUUAAGAACCAAGCAUAGGAAGGAGGGAAAGAAACCUUCAUGAUAACCCCUUUUAAAGUUAGCAUGUCUUAACGAUUUUUAGAUGGAUAACCACAUUUCACAAUAAUAGUGCACUGAAAGUCCAAGUCUCACAUGAAAGUAAGAACAGCUUAAUGCAGGAAUAGAAAAUCUUUCUGUUGAGGCUAACGGCAACAUUCAUCCGUGGAGAAUGUUUUGAAAGCAACGUGCUGGCAGUCAGCAGGGCUGAACAACCCCAUGCACUCCAUCUCUGUCAGUAUUUAUUCCUAGCAUUUAUGGAUCCUCCUCCCAAUAUCUGAACA